UUUUUUGACUGUGUUUUGGUCGUUUUGCGUUUUGCUGUUCCCUGUUUUGGAAUUCCUCGUUUUGCCACGCACCCGUUUAACUGACUUUUUCCGAAUUAUUUGGGGUAGAUUAUUAUAGCCGCCUAAUUUUCUAGUUCUAUUUUUAUCAGAAUAUCUUUAGAAUAUCCGUCAAGAGCUUCAUCAAAUAUUCGUAACUCCAAAUCCUGAACAUGUUUAUGGACUUCCUCUACAUCCACGUGGCAAAGAAGCGGCAGAAAUGUGGCUGAAAUAUUUUAGAAAAGAAUUAACCAAACAACGAGAACUUCAAAAACAAAUGUUUGCUAUUUCGAUGCGUCGACAUUUGGAUUUAAUUAAACGUUUUCAACAAGGAAAGUUACCUCCACAAGAAAUCGAAGCAAUUUUGACUGAAGCACGUGAACGAGAUUCUCAGCGCCCGGAUCGAGAGCUUUAUGAAACUAAACUUAAGGAGAUGUUAGAUAAACUACAAUUGGAUAGCCUAGAUAAUAUUCGCACUUUCUCUGAUUAUUUCUCUUAUUUGCGUGGUGAAAAAAUUCCAACGCCACCUCCUGAACCGUUGGAAGAAACGUUUCCAAAGUCGCCAAGUCUUGUUCGAUUGAAAAGUCCUUUAUUGCAUUCACCAGAGCUUGUGUUGAAAGGUUUUCUAAUAUUAAAAUAUAUUUAA